CAGUCCAGCAAACUCAACCUCAAAACCCGCCUAUUUGGGUUCACUUUUCGCAAAAGGUGUUAUGUGGAGAAAUCUGGCAACACGAGUGUUGAUAAACUUUUCCUCCAUGGUCGGGACGCUUUGGUCGUUAUGGCGACCUGAAGAGCUUGCAGUUUUAUCUCAGUUUAACACAGAUUUUAGGGUUAAUUAUCUGUUUCACGUUAAUUGUAGGGUUAAUGUAUAAUUAGUUAGCCAGCUAGUUGACUUAUAACAGUAUGUUUACUCACUCUUUACCGCAAGCAAACAGUGUCGCUGCAAAACAGGGUUAGCUAGCUAGCGUUAGCAUUAGCUUGUUAACGGGAAAUAUAAUGGGUUUCGCUUGUUUGCUAAGCUAAGCUACAUAGGUCAUGUAGCGUUAACAAAGUGGCUAAAAACUGUUCUAACUUAUUAGAACCGUAUAUAGCAGAGGCUAUUCUAUUAUUUUGGUAUCUGGACACUGACUAUCAUUAUUUAACAUAAACCCUCAAUGUUUACAAGCUAGCUAGCGUUUGCUAUUGAAAAAAAAACUCUUUAACUACAAUCUAUUUAGCUAUAACCUGGCCAGGCUAUUUAUUCUUCACUUAUUGUGAGUUUACAAUGUGGAAUCGUGUGGGGAAUCGCAGUUCAGCUCUUGAAAGAGCAAAAGCACAGCUCUCUGGACAGAGAAUUAACACCAUUGUGACCCCAAAGGAUAAUGCACGAAGAGAUGUGGCAAACUUGGGAAAAGGCCUGCUACAAUCCAGACAGACCCCUUUACAUGGUCUGAGUGACCUUUCCUCAGAAGAUGCAGACAGUGAACACCAAGAUCAUCAUGGUGGUCCUGCAUGUUUGGCGAAGCCACCAGAGCAGUUUGGUGUGGGUGGUGGGAGUAGAUUUCUAAAGAAGUCUGCCCACAGUGCCGCUGUAGAUGGACAGUUAUCUGCACCCACCAGGACUUCUGCUGAUGCAAGUGACCUCAAGCUCAUACCUCAGCGUAGCUCACAAAGUGUAGCUCUGAGCAGACUUGCUUUAAUUGAAGACCGUUUCCGAAAUCAGAAGAACAAAAGGUCUGUUCCUGAUACUGUUCCUGAUAAUGGCCCAGACCUCCCACUGCCACAGGAGUCUGUCCAGUCCAGCAGUGACCUGAGUAUGACUGGCAGCUGCUUUCUCAAAAAGAAGGCGUCCACUACUGUACACCUGAAGGAGCACAACAGCAUACCUUUGGGCAGUUAUAGAACUUCUCAACUUAUGGGAAGAGGUCUGGAUAGUGAUGAAGAAGACAUGCGAAGGAUUCUGGGAGAAUCAUUAGAUUCACCAGAUGGGAGCCUGACCAAAGUUCUACGACAAAGUCCUCAAAUGGCUGCUAAGACAUACAGGAAAGACAAAGAAAAGGCACCCAGCCUUCCUUUCCCAUCUGCUAAAGAGCAUAAAGAACAUGUUCCUCCUUCAUCUGCAUUCACAGCACAUCGACAUUACAGUCCCUCUCCUUCCCCACCAUCAUCACCUAAAGCCCUGUCAGCCAGCAGGUCUGUCUCGAGGGGACCUAAGGUCAACCUGCUCUCUCUGAGCUCAGCUUCAGGCCAAAGCGAGAUCAAGUCUCUGGAGGAGCUUUUCCCUGUUGCCUCUAAUCAUGAUGAUGAUGAUGAUGACGACAACACACUGAGUGAAAAGAGUGUUUUAUCAGAUGAUUUCAAAAUCAACAUCAUGACACUGGAUGAUCUGGCACCAGUUACUCUUGGUACAGCUGAAUUACCAAAACAGAAGACUGAAGAAAGCCCUGUUGCCUUUACAGAGCUCAGUCCUUCACCAGCUAAUGAAUCCUCGCAUAACGACAGACCAGCACCUGAAGAGGUGUCUGCACAGUAUGAGAGUGAUUUUGACAGUGAGGUUCAGACUGAAACAGCUGUGAGUGCUGAUGAGAUCUCUGAACAUUUCUCGGAUGGAGAUAAGCCUUCCAUCGUAGCUACUGAUCCUCAGUCUCACUCUUAUUCUGUUGAUGACCACACGCUCUCAGAAGAAUCGCCGAAGUCGACGGGUGUGCAGUACAGUAAAUCUGAGUCUUCUUUAAGCCACAGUAGAAGUUCUCCUUCAGAUUCAUAUUCCAGUGAUGACACCAUUACUCCAAGUAAGCCACAGAGUCAGAGUGUCAGACGGCGGCCUGUGAAGGAUGCUACAGUGCAGACCCAAAGAGAUGCAUUAACUUAUUCAUGGUCUACUGGGCCAGCAGUACUGGGUCCGUCGAUAGGAAUGUCUUAUGUGGAUCCGACCCCCAUUGCUAGCCAUACAGUCACUGCAGAAGCAGUGGAAGCGUUAUCUGCAUACAGCCCUGCUGUCUUUGCUCUGAAUGACAUGCUGAAACAGCAGCUAGCCCUAACCAGGAGCUUCAUCGAGUCUAGCAGAUAUCUGCACCACACUAUGGUGGAAUCCCUGGGACCUGCUGACUACAGAUACACAACACUGGAGGACACAAAGGAGUUCAUCCGCUGCCACCGCGCACCCAAGCUGACUGUGGAAGAUGCUCUGGAGGAGGUUUUAAAGGAGAUGAGGGAAUAUCACUACAUUUGAAGUGUACAGAUAUGGAAUUAUUAUUAUUAUGUGACCUAAUUGCAGAAGUGGCCAAACUCGCAUUGGAACUGGAAGCUAUUUACAGACUUGUGAAUUUUGUAAACAUGACUAUGAUGAUAUAUUUUCAUACAUCAGUUAAAAUGAAAUUUGUAUUAAACUGUAUAAAUGAUUUUUUUUUUCAGUGUAACACAGGAUAUUAAUAAACCAUUAAUUACUGU